AUGCGUCUACCUAUCCGCCCUUUCCCAUCCACCCUCCCCAAGCUUCUUCUCCGCCCACGCCUCUACUCAACAUCCCCACCUUUAAUAACAAUAACAGACAUCCCCGCGCCAUCAACCGGCCGGAUCCGCAUCCUCUCGCUCGCGCGCCCCUCAGCACGUAACGCCAUCUCGCGCGCCCUCCUACAAGAACUUCGCUCGAGCAUCGAUGCUAUAGCCGCCGAAUACGACGCCGAAGGGAACGAGGUACCGCAGAAGGCAAGCUAUGGCGGGGCAGCGGGGGUAGAUGGAAGGGGGCCGACGAGGGCGUUGAUUCUGGCUAGUGAGGUGGAGAGCUGUUUCUGCGCUGGGGCUGAUUUGAAGGAACGGAGGGGUUUUACUGCUGAAGAAACCCAAGCAUUCCUCCUAAACCUCCGCACAACAUUCACCGCCCUCUCCCUCCUCCCCAUCCCAACCAUCUCCGCCAUAUCAUCCCUUGCCCUCGGCGGCGGUCUCGAACUAGCCCUAUGCACGCACUUCCGCGUCCUAGCCUCGACCGCCAUCGUCGCGAUGCCCGAAACCCGCCUCGGUAUCAUCCCCGGCGCCGGUGGCACCUACCGACUGCCAGCGCUGAUCGGGGUAGCGCGAGCCAGGGAUAUGAUACUUACGGGACGGAGAGUCAGUGCUGCAGAAGCGUAUUUCCUGGGGCUCGCGGAUCGGUUGGUGGAUAUUGAGGAGGGAGAUGUGGACGGGAAGGGGACGGGAAGGAGAGCGCAGGAGGGCGCGUUGGGGGAGGCUGUUAGGUUGGCGGGGGAUGUUUGUGAGGGUGGGCCCGCGGCGGUUAGGGCUGCGUUGGAGGCAGUGGGGUGGGCGAGGGAGGAGGUUGAGAAUAAGAUGUAUGAGAGGGUUAUGGGGACGGAGGAUAGGGAUGAGGCGCUGAGGGCUUUUGGGGAGAAGAGGAGGCCGGUCUUUACUGGGAGGUGA